AUGCGCGGGCUCUCUUAUUUCGUCUUGGCCCUCUCUGCCAUAGAUGCUGCUGCGGCUGCGAGCCUUCCUUUCCUACGAAGCUUGCAGCAUGUAGGCAGAAGAGACCCAGCUGCUCGCAACCUUCCAAACUACGACUUUUCUGCAAUCCCUCCAGUAGAGAAGCGUCAGACUGCUUCUCGUCUGAAUGGCAAGACAAAGAAGUAUGCCGUCGAUGGCACCAAGAUCCCAGAGGUCCAGUUCGACAUUGGUGAAUCAUAUGCUGGUCUGAUGCCAAUUUCGACCAGGAAAGAUGAGAGCCGUGAACUUUACUUCUGGUACUUCCCAUCUGAGAACCCUGCUGCAAAGGAUGAAAUCACCAUCUGGCUCAAUGGAGGCCCAGGCUGCAGUUCCCUGGAAGGCCUCCUCCAAGAGAAUGGUCCUUUCCUCUGGCAAUACGGAACCCUUUACCCAGUUCCUAACCCGUGGUCGUGGACCAAGCUAACCAACAUGGUUUGGGUUGAGCAAUAUAACCCAACUGAUGAUAACCCAUCUAGACCUGUUGGUACCGGCUUCUCUCAAGGAAAGCCAUCUGUGCGAUCUCAAGAAGAUGUUGCUACACAAUUCUUGGGAUUCUUCAGAAACUUUGUAGAUACAUUUGACCUGCACGGCAAGAAGAUCUACAUCGUUGGUGAAAGUUAUGCCGGACUGUACGUCCCAUACAUCGCACACGCCAUGUUUGAGAAGAAGAACAAGAGGUAUUUCAACGUCGAGAGCACCAUGAUCUUCGACCCAUCCAUCAACAAGGACGAGAUUCUCACUCAGGUCCCCGCUGUCCCAUUCGUUGAGCACUGGAAAGGUCUCUUCCCAUUCAACGAGACCUUCACCAAGCAAAUUCACGACAUGGCCGACAAGUGCGGUUACAGCAGUUACAUGAAGGAGCAUCUCGUCUAUCCACCAAAGGGUAAACUCCCUGCCCUCCCCAAGGCUACUCCCGAAUGCGACGUCUGGACCGCCAUCUUUGACGCCGUCUCUCUCGUCAAUCCCUGCUUUGACGUCUACCAGGUAGCCACUACCUGUCCUCUCUUGUAUGAUGUCCUCGGAUACCCAGGAAGUUUCGAAUACCUACCUGCCGGAGCAAAUGUCUACUUCAACCGCACCGAUGUGCAGAAGGCCAUCAAUGCUCCCCUCCAGAAAUGGACCGAGUGUUCUGAACGCCCAGUCUUCGUUGAUGGAAAGGAUAACUCUGAACCAUCAUCUUUCACCAUCAUUCCUGAUGUCAUCGAGAAGUCUCCUCGUACCAUCAUUGCACACGGAGAUCUCGACUACGUUCUUAUCAGCAAUGGAACCCUACUUAGCAUCCAGAACAUGACCUGGGGCGGUGCUCAAGGUUUCAGCCAGGAGCCCUCCAAGCCUCUUUUCGUGCCGUACCACGACCGUGGUAGCUUGAGCACUCUCUCCGGAGCCGGUGUUUUGGGCCGUCACCACACCGAGCGAAAACUUACUUAUGUUGAGCUCUACCUGACGGGCCACAUGGGCCCCCAGUACAACCCCUCUGCCUCGUACAGAAUAUUGGAGUACUUGUUGGGCAGAAUCGAUGAUCUGUCCAAGUAG